UAUAAAUAUAUAUGCGUAACCAAUAAAUAUACACCAAAUAUUUAUAUUUUACUUUAUAUGUUGUUUUUAUUAUUAUUAUUUUUUUCUUUGGCUGAAUUUUACUUUUUCUAUCAUUCUAAUUUUAUAUUUUUAUAUUUUUGCCAUUUCACGUACCACUUUAAAAUCUUUACCCAAUUCAAGCCAUAUUUGAGGUAUUUUUAUAUCAACUUUUAGGUACACAACUUUUCCUAGUUUUAUCAUUAUUAUUUAAGAAAAAGUUCAAAUGUUCGAUCAGAAUUUGACUUCACUGAGCUGAUGAUUCACACCUUAUUUUUACACUACCAACACUUCCCACGGAAUUUAGGCUGCUUGGGGCUAAAAUGUCCCAACCUUUGAACAAAUAACACAGGCUGACAGCGUUGUUGGUUGCCAUGGCAGCAGGGCCUGUGUUCUCUUACUUAGCGACGGUAUCUCACUCAGAGAGGACAGACUUGAGACAGGAGCACAGAAGCACCUGCACUGAGAAGGAAACAGACAUGUGGUGAGGAGAAUCGCUACACACGUCCAGCUGCCUCAUCAUGAAGGCUCUUGUUCGACCCGAGGUCAAUGUGUCCGGGAUAUGUGAGGACGCAGAUAAGUUCCUGGAGGUUGGGGAGCUGGGGAGGGCCACCUCUCUCUACAUAUCCGCCUUCAGAACCCAUGCUGCCUCCGCGAUGUCGCACAUGCGGAAGUUGGAGGAGCCCUGUCUGUCCAGUGUGAUCGCUACCCUUGAAAACUGGUUGGACAAUCACAGGGAAAACCAGACUACUGAGGGUCUUAACAAAGGCUUGGCUGCUGUUUUUCUGUCCACACUUUGUCCCAACAAUCUGUCAGCCACUAUUUUUAAAAUGGAGUCUCUCCUACAGAAUGGUGGACAUGGCUGUGAGGAGAUUUUUGCUAGAUGCACAGCUCUGCUUGAAGGCAAAAGGAACUCCAGCCCGGAAGGGGCGACUCGCUCGGUUUUGGAAAUAACACGUGCUCUGGCCUGUUUGUUGGCAGAGCCUCACAGUGUUAAAGGUUUGAGUCUCUACCUGCAGGCUUACAAAGGCAACAAAUCUGAAAUAGUCACGCUAGUUAAAAGUAGACAGGCUCAGCACGUGUCCAAAAUAGUAGUGGCCUUCAUCCAUCAAAUACAACACAUCUAUCCUUCUCUGAGGUUUGACGGCUCACCCACUGUAAUAACAAAGCAGACUAACGUGCUAACUUCAGCGAGCACUCCCAUAAUUUUUGACUUCCUGUUGGGUAUCUCCCCAGAUAACAGUGAAGUGCUGGAACUUCAGGCUGCGUAUUUGUUGGUGACAAGUGAUUUUGUGCAAAGCUCUGAAUUGUACACUACCCUCCUGAACCAGGAUCAUUUGCAGAAACCUUCAGAUCACAGAACUGACCGGACUGUCAAAGACAGUCUCAAGAAGAAAGCUCGACUCCUGACAAGUCGAGCGGCCGCCUGGUUUUCAGCAGGUGGACGCACUCCAGAAGCAUGUUAUGACCUCGGGGAGGCAUUUGAGAUCCACCCUGCCACAGCCCGAGUUUGUUUUCAAAAGCUCUUCGCAGACCAAGGUACAGGAUUGGCUGCUCGCAGUCAUCUGCGUCAGCAGGCGGAGAAAGGCCUAUGUGGUUUCAGGGAGAGGGUCCUCAUCCGUCCAGACCUUCGGUCCACCGAAGGAGUUGAACUCUUGGACCCUGUCAUCACACAGUUACGGACCCUUUGCCAUCUGGAGCCAGAUGGAGGAGGUAGAGAGCUUCGGGUGAGACUGGCAGACUGUCUUCUGCUAAGAGGGGAACAUAAGGAGGCCCUGUCCAUCUGUAGCCAGCUGGCUGCUGCAAGUGGUCAACAAAGCUAUCAAAACACAGUGCAGGUUCUCCGUGGAUAUGCAAGACUGCUUUGUGAUGACCAUAAAGGGGCGUUAGAAGACUUCCAGGCAGUGAUUGAACACAGUGCACCUCACCCAUCAAGCUGUGUGCGGGCACUGUGUGGCAGGGGGCUGCUGCGCAUGAUGAGUGGCUUUAACUAUCUCACAGCUCUAGACUAUGUGACAGCAAGUCAGCUGCAGCCUCAAGAAACAGCACUGACCGUUCGCUGCCUGGUUCCAUGGAACUGUCGAGGGCUGCUGUUCACUGUCUUAGUGGAGCAGGGACGAGUCAUACUGGAAGGUACCAGAGAGACCGGAUCCAAGGGCAUCUCAUCAGAAGACUCCCAGCAGCUCAAGCAGGAAGCUCAGCAACCUGUUCCAUCAAAAAGAGACGCCCACAGAGCAGGCACGCCUGCUGGAGUCCAUUCCUUGGCCGUGCUACUAAUGGAGCUCCAGCCAGGGGAUGACGGUCCUCAGACACUUGCGGCAGAUGCCUUGUACCAACUUAGUAGAGUGGAGGAGGCCUACCGGCUACUCCUCUCUGUUGGCCCAACCUGUCCUCGGGCACCGGUUCUUGCCCGCCUCGCCCUGCUGCAGCUUCACAGAGGCUUUCUGUACGACACCAAUCAGCUUCUAAAAAAGCUCAUUCAGUGCGGGGACACCAGCUGCCUACACUCACUUUUGGUGGUGGCGCAACAGAAGGAUCGAGCGCUGUUGCAUGGGCACUGCUACUCUGCUGCCAAACGUAUCCUGGAAGUCUCAAAAGAGGAGAGCUCCAUCAGAGAGGCUGUGGCUUACCUCUCCAUCGCAAUCAUGGCAUCUGGUGGCGAGGCAUUAGAGUCCUUGCUGGAAAGAGCGCGGUGCUACGCCCUGCUCGGCCAACGGAAGACAGCCAUCUUUGAUUACAGUGCCAUUCUGAAGGAUCACCCUAAACAUGUCCACGCCCUCUGUGGAAGAGGCUUCACCUAUCUCAUGCUGAAUCAACAAAAGGAAUGCACUCAAGACAUCCUGUCAGCACUGCACAUAAACUCUGACAUAGUCAUCAAAAACCUGCUGUCACUCAAGGACAAGGCACGGAAACUGGUCUGUGAUUGGCUGCAUCAAUCAUGUCGGACCAAUCUGUCUGCCAGCCUCGUCUCAAACGCUGCCCCCUGUCAGGAAGAAGAGCUAAGACAUGCUUUUCUUAUAGGUGCAGCUCUACUGAGAACUGAGUGUAAAGAACCCAAAUGGCAUCUCCUCUACGUGGACAUCCUCGUAGCCAAAGGUGAAAUCAAAGCAGCCAGUACUCAUCUGUGCCAGGUGUUUGGCCAGGAGCCAAGGGAUGCAGCAGCUCAGGCCAGGCUUGGUGUGUUGGAGGCCUGGCAACAGAAAUACUGCAGCACAGCCUGCAGGCUCAGCAAAGUGACAGAGCGAGAUCCAGCCAGUCUGGACUUUCUGCUGGCCCUGAUCCCAUUUAAUCAGCGCAAACACAUCGCAAAGGCAGCAGCACUAGAGGCCAACACUGUAUCAUCAGCUGGUCACUGGGAUCAAGCUCUCACUCUGCUCACUGUAGCAGUCAAGGCAGCGGGCGAACACAGACCCCAGUAUCUGCGCCAGCGGGCGGCCUGCCUCGCUCAGCUGGGCUUACACGAGCGAGCCAUCACUGACCUGGACACAGUUAUCCAGAAACACACUGGAUCCAACUCCAGCUGCUCCGACGAACCUCACGUGUGGGCGCAGGACUUGUGUCGGCGAGGUCGCAGCCUGGUGCUCUGCUCCAGAGAAGGAUCAGCUCUGGAGGAUUUCACUCAGGCCCUGGAGCUCCACAAGGAGCAGGCUGUUCACUUUGUGGAGGUUGGACUGGGCACACAGCGUGUGGCUGAGUGCUUUCUGCGAGGGGCGCUGCAGCAGUAUGGGGAGCAGCAGCUCAGCAAAGCCUGGACAUUC